GGAGUCACGAUCUGUUUCUUUUGAGUAUUAUCAUCUCACUUUCCCAAUUCACAAAGCUUCUCUCUCCUCUCCACUUUCUCUCUCUCUCUCUCUCUCUCCUUCCUUCUCUCCUUCCCAAAUUUUGUUCCUUUCUCAUUCAGAUCUUCUGAAGUGCUAUAGAAACAGUCAAACCUAAUCCUCCAUGGCCAAAAGCUCCUUCAAGCUCGAACACCCGCUCGAAAGGCGGCAGGCAGAAGCUGCUCGGAUCAGGGAGAAGUAUCCUGACAGAAUUCCGGUUAUUGUGGAGAAGGCUGAAAGAAGUGAUAUACCAGACAUUGACAAGAAAAAGUAUCUGGUUCCUGCUGAUUUGACUGUUGGGCAGUUUGUUUAUGUGGUCCGGAAGAGGAUUAAGCUCAGUGCCGAGAAGGCCAUAUUUAUAUUUGUGAAGAACAUUUUGCCACCCACUGCUGCUAUGAUGUCUGCUAUCUACGAGGAAAACAAAGACGAAGAUGGUUUCCUCUACAUGACCUACAGCGGUGAAAACACAUUCGGUUAAUUCUGAUGCUGUCAAUUCUGCAUUAUGUAAAUAAGACUUUUAAGAAGCAUGAAAGGUAUAUAUUCUUCUUGGAUUUCAAAUUCGGCUACUGCAUACUGCGGCUCAAAGUAGCCCCAAAUUUGUGGUUGCUUUUCGUAUGAUAACUAUUAACUGUUGUUGAGUCUAUGACUUUAUUCUGGAAAAUGUUAUAUGGUUAAUCCUUCUAUGAAUUCAGCUAGUAAAUUAUCAUCGUUUCAA